AUGUUGUCUCUGCGACUUUGGUUCUCGUCUUUGGUCACUGACAACACCCUUUCAUGUUCUUGGCGAAGAACCUUGUUUUUGGUUCCUCCCCAAAUACUUAACCUAAGCAACAGUUCCAAAAAUCUCCGUUGCUACUCUGGGGAACCCAAUCAGCGAACUGGAUUUUUCCCAGUGGCCAGUGAACUUCAAUCCUCUUCUUCCUUCCCUAAAGAUUCUCCCUUUUCAGGAUUGGAAGAUGCUCUGGUGAGUUAUCUCUUUGGGAAGAAGAGGGCAACUGACAUUGCUCACAUGGUGUGGAAACAGGUUGUCAGAAAAGGAGACACUGUCAUUGAUGCCACUUGUGGCAAUGGUUUUGACACCUUAGCAAUGCUUAAUUUAGUUGCUGAUGAUUCUCAUGAUGGUUAUGUAUAUGCAUUAGACAUUCAAAGAGAUGCUUUGGAUAACACUUCACUCUUGCUGGAAAAGGCACUUAAUUCUAAAGAGAAACAACUUGUCAAGCUCUUCAAUAUCUGCCAUAGUAAAAUGGAGAAUGUUGUUCCAGGGAAUGCCUCAGUUAGGCUCGUUGCAUUCAACUUAGGCUAUCUUCCUGGUGGUGACAAAGGGAUAAUAACAGGAUCAGAAACAACAUCACUGGCAUUGGAAGCUGCAAAGAGAAUUCUGAUGCCAGGUGGGCUCAUCAGCAUAGUGGUGUAUGUGGGGCACCCUGGUGGACGGGAAGAAUUGGAAGUUGUUGAAUCUUUUGCUGCUGGUUUGUGUGUUGAGAAUUGGAUCUGCUGCAAGCUCCAGAUGUUAAACCGACCAUUUGCUCCAAUACCAAUUUUCGUUUACAGAAGAUAA